AUGCUAGAGGGAAGAGGGGAAGAGGGAAGAGGGGAAGAGGGGAAGAGGGGAAGAGGGGAAGAGGGGAAGAGGGGAAGAGGGGAAGAGGGGAAGAGGGGAAGAGGGGAAGAGGGGAAGAGGGGAAGAGGGAAGAGGGGAAGAGGGGAAGAGGGGAAGAGGGGAAGAGGGGAAGAGGGGAAGAGGGGAAGAGGGGAAGAGGGGAAUAGGGGAAGAGGGGAAGAGGGGAAGAGGGGAAGAUGGGAAGAGGGGAAGAGGGGAGGAGGGGAAGAGGGGAAGAGGGGAGGAGGGGAAGAGGGGAAGAGGGGGAAGAGAGGAAGAGAGGAAGAGAGGAAGAGGGGAAGAGGGGAAGAGGGGAAGAGGGGAAGAGGAGAAGAGGAGAAGAGGAGGAGAGGGGAAGAGGGGAAGAGGGGAAGAGGGGAAGAGGGGAAGAGGGGAAGAGGGGAAGAGGGGAAGAGGGGAAGAGGGGAAGAGGAAAGAGGAAAAGAGGGGAAGAGGGGGAAGAGGGGGAAGAUGGGAAGAUGGGAAGAUGGGAAGAUGGGAAGAGGGGGAGAGGGUGAUAGGGGGAUAUGUGAGGGGGGGGAGGGAGGGGGGGGGAGGGAGGGGGGGGGGGGGGGGUGGGGGGGGAGGAGGAGGGGGGGGAGGGGGGGGGGGGGGGGGAAUGAGGAAACGGGGAAACGGGGAAAUGGGGAAAUGUGGAAAUGGGGAAAUGGGGAGAUGGGGAGAUGGGGAGAUGGGGAGAUGGGGAUGAUGGGGAGAUGGGGAAAUGGGGAAAUGGGAGAUGGGGAGAUGGGGAGAUGGGGAGAUGGGGAGAUGGGGAGAUGGGGAGAUGGGGAGAUGGGGAGAUGGGGAGAUGGGGAGAUGGGGAGAUGGGGAGAUGGAGAUGGGGAGAUAGGGAGAUAG